AUGGUGUCUCCAGCUGAUGUUAGAACGCUCACCAUGGCUUCUAUGGCCACCGUACCCGUUGCCAGCCCAACGGAAAAGACGCACCAUGGCCAGGAC